GGGUGGAAAUUACGGAACACACCCUCGAUUUUAAUUUAUUCACAGUCGCCACCCCCGUUCCAUUUCAAUUUCCACCCCCGACCCCGAUCGCAUAACGAACCCUCUCUCUCUCUCUCUCUCUCUCUCUCUCUUUUCUCCCCCAAUCCAAUGUCUCCUCUUUAACUCCUUCGAGAUCGAGAUCCCAAAACCCUAAUCGAAGAGUGGGAGGGGGUAGAGAUGGGGCAGUGCCACGGGAGGAACAUCUCCGUCUCCGGCGACGGCGACGACCGGACGCCGCCGCACAUGGCGAACGGCGCAGCGCCCCCGCCGCCGCCGGCGGCGGCGGCGGCGGCGGCGGCGACGCCGAGGAGGAAGGGCGGGGCCGGCGCGGCCGUGAGCGGCGGGGCGACGCCGGUGCACCCGGCGUCGACGCCGCGGCGGUUCUUCCGGCGGCCGUUCCCGCCGCCGUCGCCGGCGAAGCACAUCAAGGCGUCGCUGGCGAAGCGGCUGGGGGCGCCGAAGCCGAAGGAGGGCCCGAUCCCGGAGGACGGGGCGGGGGCGGGGGAGGCGGAGCGGCCGCUGGAUAAGGCGUUCGGGUUCGCGAAGAACUUCGGGGCGAAGUACGAGCUGGGGAAGGAGGUGGGGAGGGGCCAUUUCGGGCACACGUGCUCGGCCACGGUGAAGAAGGGGGAUUUGAAGGGGCAGGUCGUCGCCGUUAAGAUCAUAUCCAAAGCUAAGAUGACUACAGCGAUUUCAAUUGAGGAUGUCCGUAGGGAGGUGAAAAUUCUGAAAGCUCUGUCUGGGCAUACAAAUCUAGUCAAAUUUCAUGAUGCAUGUGAGGAUGCCUUGAAUGUCUACAUAGUCAUGGAGUUAUGUGAAGGUGGAGAGCUAUUAGAUAGAAUUUUGGCCAGAGGUGGAAGGUACACGGAAGAAGACGCAAAAGCAAUCGUAGUGCAAAUAUUAAAUGUUGUUGCAUUCUGUCAUCUUCAAGGUGUUGUGCAUCGUGAUCUGAAGCCGGAGAAUUUUCUCUUCACCUCGAGAGAUGAAAAUGCUCCUAUGAAGUUGAUUGAUUUUGGUCUUUCUGAUUUCAUAAGACCAGAUGAAAGACUUAAUGACAUAGUUGGAAGUGCGUACUACGUUGCUCCAGAGGUCCUACACAGGUCAUACAGUACAGAGGCGGAUAUAUGGAGUAUUGGUGUCAUAACAUACAUCCUGCUAUGUGGUAGUAGACCAUUCUGGGCACGGACAGAAUCUGGAAUCUUCCGUUCCGUGUUGAGAGCUGAUCCAAACUUCGACGACUCUCCGUGGCCUUCUGUAUCGGCUGAAGCUAAAGAUUUUGUGAAGAGAUUUUUGAAUAAGGACUACAGGAAAAGAAUGACUGCUGCUCAGGCUCUUACUCAUCCAUGGUUGCGAGAUCAACAUCAGCAAGUCCCAUUGGAUUUACUAAUUUACAAGUUAAUAAAGCAUUAUCUUCGCGCCACACCUCUCAAACGUGCGGCAUUAAGGGCACUUUCUAAAGCUUUAACGGGGAAUGAGCUCAUGUAUCUCAGGUUGCAAUUUAACCUGCUUGAACCAAAUAAAGAUGGGCAUGUAUCCCUAGAAAAUUUUCGAGUGGCACUACAUCGGAACUCGACACCAGCAAUGAAAGAGUCUAGGGUUCUUGACAUUUUGAAUGCAUUGGAGCCGCUUGCAUACCGGCGGAUGGACUUCGAAGAGUUCUGUGCAGCCGCAAUAAGCCCUUAUCAGCUUGAGGCUUUGGAAAAUUGGGAGCAGAUUGCAAGUACAGCAUUCGAAUACUUUGAGAAGGAAGGCAACCGAGUUAUGUCGGUUGAGGAACUGGCGCAGGAGCUGAACCUCGGUCCUACAGCUUAUUCGAUCGUGCAAGACUGGAUCAGAAAGUCGGAUGGCAAGCUGAACUUUCUUGGCUAUACCAAAUUCUUGCAUGGUGUGACGAUACGAAGCUCAAACACGAGACACCACUAAAUUCGUGCAGGCAUCGAUACAAUUGUUUCCAAAUGCCGAUGCUAUUCAAAUAGCGCGCUCACAAAUCUUAACACUGCGCCCCCCCUGUCCCCGUCUCCCCUUUUUUUCUUUCGUCUUUUGUCGUUAUUUUCGAGCGAUCAUUCUUGUUUGCUGAUGUUCCUCAUCAUAACCAUGUGUAAAUGAAUCUCAGAUGAAAGAUUUGUCGAGCAAUAUAGUGCUUUAUGGUGUCAUCUCUUGCUCUUAUAUUUUGCUGAAACAAAUUUCCUUUAAA